UUUAAAAUUUGACCACCGACUCAUUACUGCAAACGUCACGUGCAAAUAAAAGACAACGGCGUGAACGUUUGCACUUGGACGUCUCCAGUGUGGUAAAAAUUUAACCGGGCGACGGCAUUUAAAUAGUAUCGUUGUAUCAAGAAUACCACCCGCUCCAUCACGAACUACAGGGAACGGGUUGCCUGGGAAACGGCCGCAUGGCAACAGGAUCAGAGCCGGGGGGUUGUGUGCUGCUAGCUCUGCUCCCGUUUCCCAUUUCCUCACUAGAUGGUGUGCGAGCCACUGGAGAGUCGACUUUCUCCCGCGGUCGGGCUCCGAUCAAAACAAAUCUGGAAACUACACGGAACGCCAUCUCUCGGGCUUUUCGCGGGGAUUAACACAUUUUCAUACAUAUUUUUAUUUUUGAUAACGGCGCGGAUCGUACUCCAUUCGGCGGCGAUGGACAUAAUGAUCGCGGUGCAGGAUGCGUGCGUCUCCGGUCAGUGGCUCACCGCUAUAAUUCUCAGUCUUUGCUGCUUUCUACCGUCGUGUUUGCCCGCCGGACAGACUGUGGAGUAUGCUUCCAGCGAGAGUGUGGUCAGCAGACAGGGAGACACCGCGAUGCUCAGAUGCUACCUGUUGGAUGGAAUCUCAAAAGGAGCGUGGUUGAACCGUUCCAGUAUCAUUUACGCAGGGAAUGACAAGUGGUCGGGAGACCCUCGCGUGUCCAUCGUAUCAAAUGUAGGCGAUAAACACGAAUACAGCUUACAGAUACAGAAAGUGGAUGUAACGGACGAGGGCUUGUACACCUGCUCGAUACAGAGCGAACGCAAUCCACGUCCGAAGCUCAUUCAGUUAAUUGUAAAAGUUCCUCCCAAAAUCUAUGACAUUUCAUCGGAUAUAACGGUAAACGAAGGCAGUAAUGUUUCGCUCAUCUGCACAGCCAGUGGGAAACCAGAGCCUAAAAUCUCUUGGAGACACAUCACCCCAUCAGCCAGGAAGUAUGAAAGUGGAGAGUAUUUAAAUAUUACAAACAUCACUCGGGAUCAAGCAGGAGACUACGAGUGCGGUGCCGAAAAUGACAUUUCUUCACCCGACACCAAGACCGUGAGAGUCACAGUCAACUUUCCUCCAGCAAUUCACGAGAUGAAGACUCACGGGGUCCGACCCGGUCAGAUGGCCCUGCUGAGAUGUGAGGCAGCAGCUGUCCCCUCUCCAGCCUUUGAGUGGUACAAGGGAGAGAAAAGGAUUAACAUGGGCCAAGGUAUAGACAUCAAGAACCUCAGCUCCAGAUCAAUUCUCACAGUGAAAAAUAUGACACAGGAUCGCUAUGGCAACUACACCUGUGUGGCUGUCAACAGGUUGGGAACAGCUAACGCCAGUGUGCCUCUAAGUCCAAUUAUUGAGCCCACCACAAGUAGCGCUGUCUCAAGUCCAGGAGGGUUGGAUUAUGGGUAUUCAGAAAGAAGCAAUACAUACGCACCCAACACCGCUCCGUAUGGAAGUACAGGAGGCGCCGACGUCCUGCUGGCCUGCCGGUACCUGAUCCUGGCUCUCUCUUCUCUCCUCAGCAUCUACUAGCCCCGGGGACGGCCAUACACAAUGACUGUAAAGAACCCUUUGAGCAUUUACAGAUCCUUUGACACCGCCGAUGGCUGGAUCCAAUUUGGUACAAAUUGUCUGGAAAGCAGCGAGGGAUUUUAAUCAGCAUUAUUUACGUUGGAAUGGUAAUUUGGUACCGUGGUGUUUGUCAUCAUGUACAUAAAUAUGGUUUUAGGGGUUUUGUUUGGUUACCCUUUACUUAUUUUCUCUUCUGUUAUUUGAUAUCCGACUUUGAAAAUCAGCAUCCAUUGUCUCCAUACGAACGCUCUCAAAUUAGCUAAAAUCACGCGUCGGAAAAGCAAAGGUGUGUGUGAUGUUAGUGUCUUUGUUAUUCAAAAAGGAAAGGCGCUUUAGCGGGCCACCUUGCUUUCCGUGCUGGUGCAUCAUUUACAUAUCUAUAAAGGGGGCAAAGUGCUCACACGCUCAUUUAAACCCAGUGAGUACAGAAUUGAGAAAGAGAGUGUACAGUAUAAACAAAAAAGAGACGGGUGAUGGGUGAAGCGAACAAUUGGAGACUAGUCGGAUUGUAUUGACAAUGAAAAUGAAUAAUCAUUUGUGGACCAAAAUUACAGCCAUACAUCAGUAGACCCUAUAUGCAGAGGAGCCUCAGAAUCCUUAUUUGAUGUUCUAGAAAUAUGUUUUAAAAUAUAGGUUAAAAUAUAAAUGAGUAUAAGACAAAUCAUUUACUUAGUAGUUUGUAAACUUUGGCCUAUAUUUGUGUCUUAUCCUAAAAAUUAAAAUUAGACACAUGCAGUAGUCAUAACGUUACAAAGAACAGUCGCAGUGCUCAUUUCAUUCUGCCCUGGGGAUCUUAAAAAUGAGAGCUUUACUAUGAAAAAAAAAAGAAUCGAAAUAUUCAGCGAAUAUAGUGUUGCAUUUGAUGUUAUAUUAAACAAGACAUCAAAUAACAAUAGCACAUAAAAGACAUUCUGCAGUCGGCAGAAUUCGAAAUAAUAUACGGGGCCAAUCCAAAGUGGAAGAAAGUAGGUCAUGUAUUACAGUGUCUAAUGAAACUUAUCAUUCAAGUCAUUAUUGUUUUUUUUUACACCAGUAAAUAUUUUCAUCUCGAAAUUCUUUAUGGAUUAUGUAUUACGGUCGCAAUCAUUUCAAGAGGAUUUUUAUAAUGUAUUAACAUAUAUUACCUGCUUUGCUUUUGUCAGUGUGAAAUAGUUUCGAACAGGGAAGCAGAAAAAAAGAUUAUGCACUUCCCUUGUGGGGACAAUAUGAAGUUUCAAGUGUGGAUCCAAACAUGUGAAUUAUAAUUUCAAAAUAAGUAUGCAGUAUGGCAUAGUUUACAACGUCGUCUUUCCUUUUAGAUGCCACUGUUGUUGAUUCUUGUCAAACAAGUAGAAGUCGGAAAGCGAGAACAAUUUGUAAUCAAAUAAUCUACUUUUAACUCAGAGGGUGUAUACGGUAUAAUAGAAAACGAGUCACGUGUGUGCGUGUGCGUGUGUAUAUUCGACGAAAGUAGAAUUCAUUUGAUCUCCUUGGUAGAGCCUGUGUCUAGAUUUAGUUUAACCUCUACACUAGUCCCCACACACUUGUUGUAUACUACGAUGUGCAGAAAUGAUAAAUGUGCUGCAUGUCAAAUAUUAUGUAUGUUGAGGUGGCCACUUACCAUAAAUCGAUAAUUUGAGAACAAAACCAGUUUUGAGGCUGCUUCGACUUAAUGAAAUGAGUUCCACACUACUGAACAUCACUGGGGCUGUGUGUUGAGCUGCUGUAUGAAAUGUUUUUCAUUUUUGUGAAGAUCAUCACUGAAUCUUUUCUGCUUUGUGUGCAAUAUUCGGUAUUUUCUUUAUGCGUUUGUUUACGGUAAAAUCGGUUUGUUUAGCCAUGAGACGUUUACAUUGUUUCUCUUUAUAUCAUUUUUAAAACCAGGGCGAAUUCGUAUCAAAUGAUGAGAAAACAUAUUACAUCAUUAUAAUGUCAUCGAAAUCUUGCUUGUAUUGUGUAUCAUUUACAAUUACAAUUAUUAUUCGACGUGAUAUUUUAAAACAGGACUGUAUAAUGAACAUAAGGCAAGAAUUUUACAACGACUAAUACUUAACCGUUAGAGCCUUUUUGUUCAUUUUUGUUAGCACCAUAUAGGUUUAACCUAAAUGCUUGUGUCCCUGUGCUUACAGUAUUGCAGACUUAAAAGCAUCAGACAUCAAAAAGGAGAUGUUUAAAUAUUUAUUCGUUGAUGAUCAUGCCAAUGCCUGGCUCUCACAGAUACAAAAAAAUAACAUCCAUAACUACUGAUGAGCUAUAAACGCAUUUAAAAAUACCACUUUAAAAGCAAGUACUGUAUAAAAUGUGCCUUUAAAAGUAUUUAAUUGAUCAAAUCUGUUGCCAUCCCAUGUCAGACGCCACAUCUAAGCCUCGUCCAUAUCUAAUAUAUCCGAAAUGGCAGUGUUAUUGACUUCCUUUCUUAUAUCUACAUUACUUCCUCUUUAAGAUUAAAUGAAUAUCUGAUAAAAGGGUCAUUUUUAACACCUGCCGAUUUCGCUUUCUGUAAAGUAGCACAUGUUCACUUAAUAAAUAUUGUGAAUGAAACGUCAACAAUGAGCUCAUUAAACCGUCAUUAAAACCGCAUAAGUGGAUAUAUCAAGAUAAAAAAGGCAGGCAGGAGGCGUUCAUGCAUGCAUAAUUCUCCUGAAAGUUACAGCCUUUCAAAAAGAGUCUGUAAAUAACGGGCAAAUGUGCUGCAAAUUUCCACUUUGAACAUCUAAUGACUUGAUAAUUACAUUCCCGGACGUGCAUUAAUAUUCAAGAAUAGCUUUUCCGAAUGGCUCACGUCAGCAGAGCAUAUUCACGUAACUGAAUAGUUCACCGCACGACACCCCAUCAGGGUCACUUCCCCUGCUGGUGGUCACAAAAACAUGCUAGUUACUGGAAACAACACCGCGUGUUGCGGCCUAAGGAGACCCCUCGGGUUCCAUUUCAACACCUUUUCAAAGCCAACACGGGUACGUCGGCUCUCUGACACGCGAGAUGUGAGUUAGCAUUUCUGGUGUCUUUGUCGAAUCCUAACGGCGGGGCUUUUGCCGCUGCCAGAUGUGUACAGGAAAACACGUACGGUCCUUCAUCUCGUAGCACUCCUGGCAAGACAGAAUGGGGGUGGUAGGCGGUAUUUCAAUGAUUAAAAACCUGUCAGCUCAAUCUCUGUCUUGGCCGGACUCUUUUGAAAGUCGGUCCGAGGGAGUGCUGUGUGUGCGGUCAGCGGAGGCGAUUCUUCUGACCUGGCAGUUAAUAAAAUUCUUCCUGUGCCUUUGUCAGUUUCUGGAGGAUGAUUUCGUGGAGUGCCGGAGGGUGCUGCAUUAACCAGCUGUGAGCGCUCGCUCACCCAGCAGCACUCUGGCAGGCCUGACAGUAAUCUACAUAAACCUCUGUCCUUUUCAAAACGUUUGCCGGUAAUUGCAGUUGUGCAGUAUUCUAAUUGACUUCACGGAGGAGCGUAAAAAACAAAAACCUAUAAUCCUUCCGAAGCCCGGCUAUAGUGUUGAAUCUUCAAACGACACGAAACGAUGAAUGUACCUAGCCUGUAGAAACAUUCAUUGGCAAAAUAUUUGUCCGGAUAAUAAAGUAGCUGCCAAAACGGGAAGGAGUGAAUUCUUACGUUUUUUUUUCCCGUCAAGUGUUUGUCAACUCCCUCGUUCGUUAUUUUCACUGAGCUGGAAAAUAAGUUAGCUGAGCAGCGAUGCAGUGGUUUUAAUAAUGCUAAGGUUUUAACAGUGAGGACUGAGGCUCAUCACGAGAAGAAUUAAUGUAAAAAGCGGGGGAUCGAUUUAGAAAGAGGGUUUUACGAAUACACUUAGUGGGAUCGGCACCAACAGCACCAGUCUUUGUUAUUCGCUUCUCAUUAAACGUUGGUUGGCCUGGUAAUUUAUUUUUAUUUUUUUAAUGGCAUGGGCUAUUUGUUCUUGGCAUUUUUCAUAUCAACAAAAAGCAGUUCUUUUGUAAAGUGAAACCUGCAGUGACACAACCAGUCUGCAAGUAAUUGAGCACAGGGGACACCCGCCAGAAAGGUGAGAUUACAGAACCCUAUAUUACUUUUGUAUAUACAUGUUUGUUUCCUUUUGGUACUUUUUCGUUCGAUUUGGUGACAAAGUAAAACGGACAUUGUAACCAUAUUGGGAUGGCUGUGUUUUUUCUUUUUCUUUCCUUCCUCAAAUGAUGAAGCUGAAACGUCUGAGAAAUACGAAAUGGUCAUCUUUACUUACAUGUGUAUGGAGAUAAUUUAGCCACCAGGGAUAUAGUUGUAUAUUUUAGGCUCUAGAUCAUUGGAAUGACAUAUAUGGCUUUAAGUGGCAUUGAUAUAUAUUGAUAUUUGUCGAGAAAAAAGAAUCAUAUACUUUAAUUACUUUAAAGCUUACAUUGUGUAUAGCACGUAUGCAAGUUCAUUUUCAUCAUGUUUGAUGUAAUUUUGUAGCAGUGGUUUGAUACUAAUAAAGUUGGAAGUUGGUGAUGGAACUGUGAAA